GCUUCGGAUCGCUUCACAAAGCCAAAGCCGACCUUCGGUUGCUUCGAGCGCCUCCUUCCUCCCUCAAUGAAAUCCCCGCCAUUCACUCGGUUCUAACACCUUGUCUCUAUAAUAGCUCCGCCUAACCCCUCUAGGUUCACUGCUUCUUUGGUUCAAGCUUCCAAAUUCUAAGAAGUUUUGGGAUUUGGGUGAAGUUUCUGCUCUCAAAAUCUCAAUUUCUUCUGGACUUUAAAAACUUCAGUGUUUUAGCCUUCUAGGUGUCCGGAUUUACUUGAAUACUGUAGUUUGAGGGUUGUGUUCUGUUUCUCUUCAUUGGUUGGCAAGAGUUUCCAUUUUCACAAUAAUUUUUGUCCCUCCUUUCAAACACUUAUACGUUUGAGUAGCAUCAGUCAACUAACUGGGGAGCUUUAGCAUACUAAUUAGAAACUCGUGUUUUUUGAGAAGAAUGAUUUUGUUGUCCAAGGGUUGCAUCCUGUGGAACUUCUGCUUGGUUUUAGAAAAACUUCGCGUUGAGAAAAGCUUCUAUUUUUGGAUAUUCCAAAUUUUCAAUAGGUACAAUAUUGUCACAUGAAUGCGAAUUUCAUGAUCUUAGCGUAGGUUUCUUCUGUUUUCUGUUUUUUUUUUAAAAAAAAAUCCCAGAUGUGCAUUCUUCUGGAGAGCUAGCUUCUUCUUCUUCUUCUCUUUGGGGAAGAUUUGGAUUCUUUUCGGGUGUCAAAAUGAGUCCUAUGUCUCUGCCUCCCGGUUUCCGUUUCCAUCCCACAGAUGAUGAGUUGGUGGGAUAUUACUUGAAGAGAAAAGUGGAGGGGCUUAAGAUUGAGCUUGAGGUUAUUCCGGUGAUCGAUUUAUAUAAGUUUGAGCCGUGGGAGUUGCCAGACAAAUCAUUCCUUCCAAAGAGAGACAUGGAGUGGUUUUUCUUUUGCCCGCGAGAUCGUAAAUACCCAAAUGGUUCACGCACGAACAGAGCUACAGAAUCAGGCUAUUGGAAAGCCACUGGUAGAGACAGAAAAGUUGUCUGCGAGUCUUCGGUGCAUGGACUCAGGAAAACCCUUGUUUUCUAUCGUGGAAGGGCUCCUGGUGGAGAAAGAACUGAUUGGGUGAUGCACGAAUAUCGUCUUUGUGAAGAUCUUUCUCAGGGAUCUCCAAAUUUUGUGGGAGCUUUUGCUCUGUGCCACAUAGUGAAAAGAUAUGAUCAUGGGCAGAAGAUAGGUGAUCUUCAAGGAGAAUCCAGAGCUAAAAGGGGUCGCUUUUCUUCCAUGAUUGACUUCAGCCAAAAAAGGUGCUUCAACGAGGUCGGGAGUACCCCAGAAGAAAAUCAGUCCAUAGUAACAGAUAUGUUGACAAGAAGCAAUGGCUCGACUAGAAUCAACUCUCCAGAAAAUGGGAGUGGAACUGGGCUGCAUCAAAUUAUGAUUGAUUCUGAUCAGAGAGACUUCUGGGAUUCACAUGUUUCAGAUGCCUUGAAGGUUUCUUCACCAAAGGAAGGCAUAUAUGAAUCAAUGACUGCAAAUAUGUUCCCUAAUUCAAUAGAAAUAUGCACACCACGUAAUCUUUCUCUUAUCUCAUCCUAUGCAAACUUCAGAGAGGAAGCGUAUGUGACUGAUGAGCUUGAUGGUCAUGGAUGCUCUUCAUCUUUUGCAAGUCCUGCUUUCUGCAUGGACAUGUACAGCAAUGUGGAAGACGCCACGUUGCAGAGCCUUGAGUGGGAUACAGCAGAACUUAUGAAUGCAUCGUUCAGCGGAAUUGAAACCUGGAAUCGAGUAUUAUCCAUCCCCUUCAAUUCAUAGGCAAGAAAGCGAAGGAGAGGAAACCAACCUGUGGUUGCAGGAAGACAGUAUGGUCAUUGUGAAAUGAAAAUUUUCUCUAAAUGGACGCUAAUAGACUCCAACCAGUCUUAGUACAGAAGAGGCUGUUAAAAAGAUGAGUAAUAGAUAAUUAUGUGAUAUAGUUGACUGUAUGUUGCAAGAUCUCUGAGGCAAUGCCUUUUAGUAUUUGCUCUCAGAUAUAUGAUAUAUCAUAACAGUUCCUGCCUAAAUGUAUCAAGAAUCUGAUCUCCAGAACAACCUCCUUUAAUGUCUGUGCCUGGAGACCUAUAAAUUAAAGUUUGAGUAUCUACAAGAUUAGGCCACCACUACCUUGAUGGGGUAAUUAUUGGUUUUCAAUCUUAGGUAAAAGAGAUAUGUUAUAUGUACCAUAAGGUUUGCUUGUAACUUCUAUUAUUAACAACAAUAAGUACUUCUCAGGUGCACUGAGUACCACCAUGAGCUCUCUUCUGCAAGACAUGUAAAGUGAACUAUGUACUCUUGCUUGCCAUUUGUACUCAUUAUUUUGAGAAUAAAGAUGUAUUGUAAAUGUGAA